AUGAUCCGCGCCUGUACCUGUUUCUACGCAAAUCGCAUCCCUACCCGGCACACAACACGCUUUAAAGCCCUCGUCUCCAAGUCAAACCGACCCUCCUUUUCAGAUUAUAAUGCUUCAGUAACAUCCCUCGACUUUCAAAUCCAUCUUCCCAGAUACUCUCGUGCAAAGCUUCUUGCUUCCGGCGGAAUGUAUCCCAUCUCGACGUCCAACGCAGAGCCCUUUAGCAGGUUUUUCGCUCGCUAUUUUGAACACCAUCACCCUGCCAUAGCCACUCAUCUUCGCACCGACCGUGCCGCCUUUGCCGCUGCUGUUUUUCUGUAUCGCUUUGACCGUCGCAUAUCUCCAGAAUUUACCAAACAGAGUCUCGACUCUAUCGCUCGUGCUAUCUCCGAAUGUUCGGGCAAGUCGCUCCCGGAAUCGAGGAGGCUCUUCGCUGCCGCCGCCAAGAACGCUUCACGGGAAUACUUCAGCCAUGGAUGGGAUGAUAUCAACCCAUUCAUCCAGGCCAACACUCCGGUCUUAUUGGAUCUACAAAGGCAAAGCACAAAGCUUAAUGCGUUGAGCAAAAGAAUCCAUGACGCACCUGAGCCAGCCCCAGAAGUGGACCCCGUCGCCCUACGAGCCCUUGCAGACAUACAUCAACUCGUCCUUGUCUUGGUCUACGCUGAUUAUUGUUCCACUUGCACAGCUUUGCGUCCUGUUUUUGAGAAAGCCGCACAUCUCUCACAAGGCCCUGCGCUUUUUGUCAAGCUCAACGGCCCUCUUUCACCUCAAUUCAAACUCUAUUACGAUGUAUCUACCUACCCCACAAUUUUGCGAUUCGAAGGUCCCGACAACGUCUCUGUUGUCUCUCAGGGGUCUUCUCCAAUUGACGUGGACGACCUCGUCGCGCAUGCCGAAGACAACCAUCCUGGCGAACUCACAAUUGACCCAGACUUGAUGUCUUCAACUGAUUAUGGAGAUGCACAGUCGGACGACGAAGACAAUCCUCGCCGAUGGGUCAAAGCACUUAAACGUCAAGGCAUUGACGAGAUUGAUGAGUUGAACAGUGUCCGUAGCACUAUCCUCCGUUCGAAAUUAGAUCAUUCUCCUGACGAAUGUCAAAAUGCGAGCUGCAAGCUUGAGCGAUCACGAUCACGAUCACGAUCACACGAUACUGCACAGGGUGAUGCGCCUCCUGUUUGCGUUCUACUUGGAGGUGGUAUGGGGGCAGGGAAGACCACAGCUUUAGGCCUGAUUAGAAAUACGCCUUUUUGGAAAGAACAUGGAGAUGACGUUGUCGUUGUUGAGGCUGAUGCGUUUAAGAUGAGUGAUCCCUUGUUUCAUGUAUUGAGAAGUAUCACCCCCAAAGCUGCACGCAUUGUGCACCACGAUUCAGUCACGGCCGCCGAAGAACUUUUUUUGCAAGCAGUGAACAGUCGAAGGGACGUCGUUUUUGAUGGCACAAUGAGUUGGGGCGAGUAUGCCCAGCAAACUGUGAAGAUGCUGACAGAUACUGAUUAUUUAUACAAACGCGGGCCUGGAUAUCGAAAAGAGUCGGAUGGAAAGAUCACGGAAGUAUACUGGGUGCGAUCCGCGAAGCGCAUGAAACCCGCACCUGCGUAUCGAGUUGAACUCGUCGGCGUCACAGCAGAUGCCGAGACAUCUGUGAUGCGGGGGAUUGUUCGUCGUAUUACAGAUGGGAGGGGGGUGGCUGUACCGGAUCAGCUGCACUCUCACGCUCUCUUUUCGAAAAAUUUUGAGAGCUACAUCGAAAUCAUGGACGCUAUUUACCUCUUUGACACAACAAUGAGCUCAGACGUGUGGAGUUCGAAGCCGAGUUACGAACAGCAACUGGUGGCGAUAAAACCCGGGCUUCUCUUCCAGUCCCCGUCCUCGGAUUUUGUGAAGGGCAAAGCCUUGGAGGGCUUUGCUGUGCGGAUUACCGAGGCAUACGAGCAAUUUUUGAGGAAGAAAUUGAUUAACCCAAUGGCGUCAGGCGCCGCGAACCUCUACGUCAAGGUUCCAAUAACUCCUUGA